CUCUCUCUUCUCUCUCUCUCUCCUCUCUCUCUCUCCUCUCUCUCAGUGCCAGUCUGCUGACUGAGGAUCAGUUCAGAUGCUCUGUGUGUUCAGAGGUGCUGAGAGACCCGGUCUCCGUUCCCUGUGGACACAGUUACUGCAGGCAGUGCAUCAGCACAUACUGGGCCCAGCCUGGCCCUGCAGGAGACUAUAUGUGUCCCCAGUGCAGUAAGAGAUCCAGAGACCGGCCUGUACUCUACACUAACACAGCCUUGGUCAGGGUGCUCCAGGGGCUCCAUCAGGCAGGCUUCAGUCCUGCCCUCCCUGCUCUGGGCUACGCUGGGCCUGGGGACGUGGCCUGUGAUAUCUGCUCUGGACGGAAGCUCAGAGCAGUCAAGUCCUGUCUGACCUGCACUGUCUCCUACUGUGAGAGCCACGUCAGACAGCACUACACCGUCCCAGCACUGCAGAGACACACCCUGGCUGAUGUCACUGGAGACGGGGGACACAAAGAUCACCAAGGCAACACUGGACAGACAGAGAGGAUCAAAGAGGAGGGGGCUAUGAAGACUGAGGAGGAGGAGGGGAAGAGUGACUGUAAAAAGAUGAAGAUGGAAGUUAAAGAGGAAGAAGAGAAAUCUGAUGAGGGGUUUUUUGAUCUGAAGAAGACAAACUCUGAGCUGAAGAACAUCUCUAAGUUAAACUCAGACUUGGAGCAGGAGAUCUCUAAACUCAAACAUGAUGUUGGUGAGCUCAGUAAAGAGAAUGCUGUGCUGAAACAAGAUGCAACAAUUGAGAAACAACUGAUGGACAUCAGAACUGCUGAUCUGAAUAAGACCAUAGCCACUCUCAGCUCAGACCUACACCAACACAUAAAGCCUGUCCUGAAGAACAUGACGAUGGACUAUGUGGAUGUGACUCUAGACCCUGAUACAGCACAUCACUACCUCAUCCUGUCUGAAGACGGGAAACAAGUGAGACAUGGAGACAUAAAAAAGGAUCUCCCUGAUAACCCAGAGAGGUUUGAUACUGGUCUCUGUGUCCUGGGAAAGGAGGGCUUCUCCUCGGGGAGAUUCUACUAUGAGGUUCAGGUGAAGGAGAAGACUGGGUGGAUUUUAGGAGUGGUCAAAGAGUCCAUCAACAGGAAGGGGGAGAUUACAGUGAGCCCUGAGGAUGGAUACUGGACUGUGUGGCUGAAGAAUGGAAAGUACACGGCUAAUGCUAACCACUCUGUCCCCCUCUCCCUGAGAGAGAAGCCCCAGAAGGUGGGGGUGUUUGUGGAUUAUGAGGAGGGUCGGGUCUCCUUCUAUAAUGUGGAGGCCAGGUCUCAUAUCUACUCCUUCACUGGCUACACCUUCACUGAGAAACUCUAUCCAUUCUUCUGCCCCGGUCUUAAUGAUGGUGGUAAAAACUCAACCCCACUGGUCAUCACUCCUGUAGAUAUCACUGACUGACUGUUUUAUACCAAACAUUGAAAUACGGUUAACAUAACUAAUGAUGUAAUAGCCAACAGCUAAUUUAAUAAUUAUUUAUAAUGUAAUACAUAAUAAAUAAAUCAGCAGAUCAUGUAUUUACAUUUUACAUUUAUAAUGUAAUAACUUUUCCUGAUGUUAUCAUCAAUCAAUUGCAGGUAUUAUUGCAGUAGUAACUGUCAUAAAUAAUUAUUAUAAUCUGUUGAGCACCAAGUUAUUUCAAGUUUCAAUGUCACAUGCACAGAGAAAAGUAAAUCACAGUUUGCCAGUGUGUCACGCUCUGACCUUAGUUCCUUUGUUUUGUCUUUUGUUUUAGUAUGAUUAGGGUGUGAGUUGGGUGGGUU